CUGAUAGAAGAUUUCCGUGCUCUGAGAAAGACAGCUGAGGACAUGAAGCUAUUCAAAAGCGAUCCUGUAUUUUUCUUCCUUUAUUUGGGUCACAUCAUUGUGAUGGAAAUUUUGGCUUGGUUAAUGGUAUCAUAUUGUGGGACGAGUUGGAGUAUAACCUUUGUACUUUCCAUCAUCCUUACAGUCUCUCAGGCCCAGGCUGGGUGGUUGCAGCAUGACUUUGGACAUCUCUCUGUAUUUCAGAAGUCUGUAUGGAACCAUAUAGUUCAUAAGUUUGUGAUUGGUCACUUGAAGGGUGCUUCAGCAAAUUGGUGGAAUCACCGGCACUUUCAGCACCAUGCAAAGCCAAAUAUCUUUAAGAAAGACCCAGAUGUGAACAUGCUGCAUCUCUUUGUCUUGGGAGAUACCCAACCUGUGGAGUAUGGAAAGAAGAAGCUGAAAUACUUCCCUUAUAAUCAUCAGCAUGAAUACUUCUUUUUAGUUUUCCCACCUCUCCUUAUUCCAGUCUAUUUCCAAAUGCAAAUCUUCACAACAAUGUUCAAACACAAGUUCUGGGUGGACUUGGCAUGGGCUUUCAGCUACUAUGUACGCUACUUUAUCACCUACAUCCCAUUUUAUGGAUUACUUGGGUCCUUGCUUCUCCUCACCUUUGUCAGGUUUAUGGAAAGCCAUUGGUUUGUUUGGGUUACUCAGAUGAAUCAUAUUCCAAUGGAAAUUGACAAUGAGAAGCACAGAGACUGGCUCAGCUCCCAGUUGGCAGCUACCUGCAAUAUUGAGCAGUCUUUUUUCAAUGACUGGUUCAGUGGACAUUUGAACUUUCAAAUAGAGCACCACUUGUUUCCUACAAUGCCACGCCACAACUACCACAAGAUAGCACCAUUGGUAAAGUCCCUGUGUGCCAAGUAUGAAGUUCCUUAUGAAGAAAAACCUCUUCUGAGAGCAUUUGGAGACAUCGUUGGAUCCCUAAAGAAAUCUGGAGCGCUGUGGUUGGAUGCUUACCUCCAUAAAUGAAGCUGGAUUUCGGUGAAGAGAAUGACUUAGCAAAGGGGAGGGCUGGGGAAAGGGGUAAUAUGUAUUCUUCUUGUCUGAUUUCAGUCUGUAUGUGUACA